CUCUCUCUCUCUCUCUCGUAUGAUUAAUUAAUGAUAUGAACAGUUGAGUUACUUUUCGAUUAAUGGUUUUUCUUGAAGUGAAUAAUCUAAGUGAUAUAGCCAACAACACUUACACAAGGUAGAAGAAGAAGAAGAAGAAUGGGUACUAAGUUUCCCAUGAUUCAGUUGAGAACAUCACCAACUUAUUAUCUCUUUUCUUCUUCUUCUUCUAGAAGAAGUAUAAUACUCUCUCACCAGAAAUUUUCAUUCAAAUCUUUGGGUCAUAGAUUCAAGCUCCGUGACUUAAGUGCUAGUUCUAUCCAAGAAAGAUUGAAUGUAUUGAUGUCGAGGACACAAAACUUUUUGAAUGAAGUGACUUCUCCGCUUGCAAAAACUGCUCAAAGUCGGAAGCCUGAUCCUGAAAAUGAUAUCGGAUUUCAAGUUAUGGAAGAUAUAUUGAUGGUAGAGAAAACAAUUGACCGCAAAAUGCCAUAUGGGAACCUUUCUUUAGCUGCUGUUAUAUGUAUUGAGCAAUUCAGCAGGAUGAGUGGAUUGACUGGGAAGAAAAUGAAGAAUAUUUUUGAAACACUUGUUCCAGAAACUGUAUAUAAUGAUGCCCGUAAUUUGGUUGAGUACUGCUGCUUUAGAUUUUUGUCAAGGGACAACUCCGAUGUUCAUCCUUCUCUCCAGGAUCCCGCUUUCCAGAGGCUGAUAUUCAUAACAAUGCUUGCCUGGGAAAAUCCGUACACUUAUGUCCUUUCCAGCAAUGCAGAGAAGGCUUCUUUACAGAGUAAGCGUGUCACUGAGGAGGCUUUUGUUCGUAUUGCUCCUGCAGUCUCUGGUGUGGUUGACCGCCCCACAGUGCACAAUCUUUUUAAGGUUCUUGCCGGUGAUAAAGAUGGCAUUUCCAUGAGCACGUGGCUAGCUUACAUUAAUGAGUUUGUCAAAGUACGUCGAGAAAAUAGGUCAUAUCAGAUUCCAGAGUUUCCCCAAAUUGAUGAGGAGAAAAUCUUAUGCAUUGGUUCCAACAGUAAGCAACCUGUUCUGAAGUGGGAGAAUAAUAUGGCAUGGCCUGGCAAACUCACUCUUACGGAUAAAGCAAUCUAUUUUGAGGGAGCUGGCUUAUUGGGGAAUAAGAGAGCCAUGAGAUUGGAUCUUACAUAUGAUGGAUUGCGAGUAGAGAAGGCAAAAGUUGGGCCUUUAGGGUCUUCGCUUUUUGACUCUGCUGUUUCUAUUUCUUCUGGCUCAGAGUCGAAUUGGUGGGUGCUGGAAUUUAUUGACUUGGGAGGUGAUAUGAGGAGGGAUGUUUGGCAUGCCUUGAUUAGCGAAGUCAUCGCUUUACACAAGUUCACGCAUGAGUAUGGACCUGAUGAGUAUGGACCUAAUGUUUUCGAGGCUCGCAAAGGAAAGCAAAGAGCAACAAGCAGUGCCAUUAAUGGUAUAGCUAGACUCCAGGCCCUUCAACAUUUGCGGAAGUUGCUCGACGAUCCUACCAAGCUCGUUCAGUUCUCAUAUUUACAGAAUGCACCGAAUGGUGAUAUUGUCCUCCAGUCUUUAGCUGUUAACUAUUGGGGAAGUCAACUGGUUACAGGAUUUACAAGUACCCGCCAUCAGCCAGAAAAUCGACCUUCUAAUGAAAUAGCUGAUAGCAGUAACCAUGUUUUUGACAUCGACGGAAGUGUCUACUUGCGGAAGUGGAUGAAAUCUCCAUCUUGGGGGUCUAGUACUUCUACUAGUUUUUGGAAGAACACUUCAACAAAAGGUUUAGUGUUAAGUAAGAAUCAUGUUGUAGCUGACCUAUCGCUCACUGAAAGAGCAGCAAAAACAAGCAAACAAAAGUCUCAGGUUGUGGAGAAGACUCAAGCAACCAUUGAUGCUGCAACACUGAAAGGCAUACCAAGCAACAUUGAUCUUUUUAAGGAGCUAAUAUUUCCUAUCACCUUAACUGCCAAAAACUUUGAAAAGCUAAGGCACUGGGAGGAGCCACACCUGACUGUUGGGUUUCUUGGACUUGCCUAUACUUUAAUUUUUAGAAACUUGCUGUCAUAUAUCUUUCCAGUUAUGCUGAUGAUCACGGCUGUUGGAAUGCUGACUAUCAGGAGCCUUAAGGAGCAAGGCCGCCUUGGGCGAUUUUUUGGCGGAGUCAUGAUACGCGAUCAGCCACCGUCAAAUACAAUACAAAAGAUCAUUGCUGUAAAAGAUGCCAUGCGUGACGUUGAGAAUAUGACACAGAAAGUGAAUGUCUCGCUUCUCAAAAUACGUUCAAUUUUACUUUCUGGAAAUCCACAGAUAACAACUGAGGUUGCUGUGCUGAUGUUAACUUGGGCUACCAUUCUCUUCAUUGUUCCAUUCAAGUACAUUCUUUCCUUUCUUCUCUUCGACAUGUUCACACGCGAGCUCGAGUUCCGGAGGGAAAUGGUUGAGAGACUCACGAAACUUUUAAGAGAGCGGUGGCAUGCAGUUCCUGCUGCUCCAGUAGCAGUUUUACCUUUUGAAAACGAAGAAUCUAAAUCAGAAGUUUCCUUGAAGGAACUUGAGAACAAAUCAAAACCACCAGGAAACCAAAGCAAGAGGAAGUCCGGAUAGUGAUACCAUUUUCAGGGUUUCUUACAGAAACUGUAAAGAUGUAAAUUUUAUUUUAAUUUUUGCUGUAAAUAAAAAUAGGAAGUUUGUGUACUAGCUUUUAACUAGCUCUUUGGAUUUUUCAUAUUUAUGUUUUGCAAUGCUAGAGUUGGAUAGUUUUCAGCUUCAA